CUUUAGAGUUCAUUUUAUUCUUUUUUUCUCUUCAUUCAUGCUCUUUCUCUUUUCCAUCUAAAGGAAAACGCAAGGUACUGAAACAUUUUCUUCUUUAAUGUGCACCUAGAUUAUGACAGAGAUCGGGAACGCUCAAGACAUUAUCGCUCACGAAGCCCGUCACCUUCACGUUCCUCUCGACGCCGUCGUCGCGAUGACUAUGAUGACCUGGAGAAUGUGGAUAGAAGACCACGUCGUUCGUCGCGGUCUCGUUCGCGGUCUCCAUCUUCUUCACGACGACGUCGUAGACGCGACGACCAAGACAGCGAAAGAGAAGAAGGAGAGGAUAAUGAUGACGGAAAGCGGGACCCAAGUGUAGAAAUCAAUGAAGACGACGACGACGAGACGAGAAUGAUGAAAUUGAUGGGAUUCUCUGGAUUCGAAACGACAAAGAACCAACAUGUGCCAGGAACUGAUGUAUCCGGUGCAAGCGUCAAGAAGGCACUCAAGUAUCGUCAAUACAUGAACCGUCGCGGUGGUUUCAACAGACCAUUGGAUAAUGUGUAAGGUCUUUCUCUUCUUUUUUCAUUCUUCUUUGUGGCGAGAGAAAACAGAUGAAAGAUAUAAGAAUAAUUAUAAAAAAAAGA